CGGGAAAUGGACAGUCCAAAUCUGGCCGUCAGCCACGUUUGCCAUUGUGAUUCGUUCUCGACCAGGCAGCCAAAAAGUUCUCCCGUUUAAAUUUGAUUUGGAAACACACACGCAAAAACUACACGCAAAAGAAGAAGAAAAAUGUCUGUUCCUUUGAACAACGGAUACGAAAUGCCGUUGAUCGGCUUCGGAACAGCGAAUGCUUACAAUGAUGAAAUCAUCCGGGCCGUUGGAGACGCAAUCGAGGCCGGCUAUCGUCAUUUCGACGGAGCUUCAUUUUACGCCAACGAAGUCGAGGUGGGCCGAGCCGUUCGGCAGAAAAUCGACGACGCAAUCAUCGAUAGAAAAGACCUCUUUAUUGUUAGCAAGUUGUGGUGUACGUUCAUGAGUCCCGGAUUGGUUGAGCCAGCCUUACGCAAGACCCUGAAAGAUCUGCAACUGGACUAUCUGGAUCUUUACGUGAUGCACUGGCCCAUGGCAUUUGAGGAAAACUCGGACAUGAUACCGAAUAUUCCACUAGACGAAAACGGCCUUGUGAAAUGCAAAGACGUCGACUACGUCGAUACCUGGAAAGCCAUGGAAGCCUGCGUUCGCCAAGGUCUAGUGCGCUCAAUCGGCGUCUCCAAUUUCAACAGUCAGCAGCUCAAAAGAUUAUUGGAACACUGUACCAUCAAGCCAGUCACGAAUCAGGUGGAAGCCCAUGUCUAUCUUAACCAGAAAUCAAUGAUUGAACUCUGUCGACAGUACGGGAUCGUCGUAACGGCUUACGGUCCGCUCGGGCGUCCUGGUCUCAGCCAAGAUCCCGUCAACGAUCCCACCUUGUUAGACGACCCCCAAAUUAAAGAAAUAGCCGCAAAGUACGGACGAACGGUCGCCCAGAUUUUGCUUCGCUACCUGACUAUGCGAGGAUUGCCAGUCAUACCAAAGUCGUCCAACCGAGCCCGAAUCCUCGAAAAUUUGUCGUCGGUCGAUUUCGACCUUGCCACCGAGGACGUGGCCUUCAUCGAUAGCCUCAAUCGCGAUCAUCGCUACCUGAAAAAUGAGUGGGCCAGCCACCAUGUCCAUUAUCCGUUCCAUAUUCCUUACUAAUUGAUGUUUUGUGGGACGGAUGAUUGGAUAUACAUCUCGUGCGCAGUUGAUUUCAAUUUUUGUUAGUUGAUUUGGCCCAUUGGUUUUAUUUCGUUAAUAUUUCUGAAUGUAGUGUUGAUUACAAUCGAUCGAGCCGCUUUAACCAAAUAAACGUCAACAACAGCA